AUGAUAAUGAUCGCGACGCCCAAGCAUCAACGACCGACGACGACGACGACAGAUUUCUUGGAAACGUCGGUUCCGACUCUGACGGUUUCGACCUCGGUGCCUAGUCCUACAGCACCCCUCACAGCUACACUUCCGUCCCAGGCAUCGUUGCCCCCUGUUCAACCAUGGUGUAUUGGUCAAAUCUUUUGCCCUGGCGCGGUCCUCCAAACCGUCAACAUCGCACAACUCUACUCCGAUCCCAAGACGUUCGUCGACAAGCCCACCAGCAAAUCUGCGCAAGAGGUUCUCGCGGACUUCGCCACGUUCAACCUUUCGACCGUGACGGAGGGCGACCUGGUUAACUUCGUGGAAGACGAUUUCUUGGGAGAAGGUCUCGAACUCGAAAUCGUGAACGGGUAUUGGACACAGCUCGCACGCAACACGAACCAAUCCGCUCUUUGUGAUGACUACCCCAAUGGCCAAUGCGAGAGUACACUGAUUCCUUUGAACCAUACGUUCAUUGUUCCCGGCGGUCGCUUUAGAGAACAGUAUUAUUGGGAUAGUUACUGGAUCAUACAGGGUUUGCUGAAAUCGGAGCUCUAUUCCACUGUCAAUGCGACACUACAAAACUUCAUGGAUGAAAUUGAGGAUUUUGGAUUCAUCCCUAACGGAGGACGCACGUAUUACCUUGACCGUUCCCAACCACCGCUUUUCGUUAACAUGGUCUAUGACUACGUUGCCGUUACGAAUGAUACUUCCGUUUUACAACGUGCGUUACCGCUGGCGGAGACCGAGUUGGCAUGGUGGGCCAGCAAUCGCACCAUCGAGGUUACGAGCCCCUACACAAACCAAUCUUACAUGUUAGCCCGCUACUCCGUUAACAAUACUGCACCUCGUCCGGAGUCGUAUCUCACAGACUACCUCACUGCGAAUGACCCCACGUAUGGGACACCUCUCACGCAACAAGAAGCGGAGGCCCUGUACGGCGAGCUCGCUUCUGGUGCAGAGAGCGGCUGGGACUUCACGGCCAGGUUCGAAAUGGUUCCUCAGUACGGCGAUCCUGGCCUUCGCACGUACAAUAUCAGGAACACGAUACCCGUCUGUCUCAAUAGCAUCCUCUACAGGGCGCAUACACUACUGGCCGAGCUCUACGGAGACUCUAACUCUACGGCCGCCACGACCCAUCGCCAAACUGCGGCUAACAUCCGUGCGGCCAUCUUAGACUUGAUGUGGGACGCUGGCAAACUCGCGUUCUACGACUUCAACAUCACGUCGAAAGCGCGCAAUAGCUUCUUCAGUGUUGCAACGUACUACCCAGUUUGGGCCGGCAUCAUUCCAGACGAAAUCCUUUCGUCGCAGGCCAACGCGUUUGGAUAUUUUGCGUCGGUUAACCUCGUGAUGAACAAGUACAAUGGCACAGAUUGGAGCGGACAGCAGUGGGACGCUCCUAAUACGUGGCCUCCUCACCAAUACAUCGUCUUAGAAGCUCUGAAUGCCCUCCCAUCCAAUCUCACUACUAACACGCUUCCCACUCCAGGUUCCGGUCAAUCAGCUUACGACCUCGUCCCUUCCGGCCAGCUCAACUUAACCGAGUCGCAACUACCUGGCCAACCCCUCCGUGGUGCCCAGGCAUCAGAAAACGUGACGGCCACCGGACCAGGUGCAGACAUAAAUACGCUCAAUGGGACUGUCGUAAAUGGUGGGAACUCGAGUUCAGGUGAAGGUUGGACAGCAACGUUGGGAAGGGAAGUCGCCAAUAGAUACUUUACGAGCGUCCUCUGCAGUUGGCAUGCCACAGGAGGCUCGAUACCCGGGUUGCUACCACGCCUUCCUAACAGCGAGCUCAACCUCACAAAUAGCAUUAAUAACACGGGCAACAUGUAUGAGAAGUUCUCAAUUCUCAAUGUAGACUCUUCGGGUUCGGGAGGGGAGUAUACCGUUCAGGCAGGGUUUGGCUGGACGAAUGGAGUCUUGCUCUGGGUUGCGGCUAACUAUGGCCACUUACUCGUUGCACCAGAGUGCCCAAUGCUCGUAGCGAUGACCACCAGCAGUUCUACCUCGUCUAGCGGCGCGAUGUCUUUCGUGAGAUCCUCAUCGCCUGCCACCGUCAUGCUAGCUGUCUUGGUCUCCCUUGCAAUUUCGACUCAGUUCACAUGGGUAUAA